GUAAAGGCCCUAUUUUUGUGGCUUCUUGUUUCUGCAGUGCGGCGUCUAGGAUUUACAGCAUGGGGUUAUGUUGGGAGAUGUGACAUGAUAAAUCGGCAGAGAACUUGUGUCUGGGGGCCGCUAUGUGAUUACGAGCCGAAAGUGAAGAGUGCCUUUAGACAAAUCCUGGCCAUUAGGUGACAGGUAGGCUGCUCGCUCUUCCUUGCUUUUGUUUGGUGUGGGUUUCCAGUGCCGAAUCGGCCAUUAAACUAGCCUGGAUUACUCAGUUCGGUCGAAACAGCCUCAGUGCACCUGAACGCGUGAACCUUCAGGUGGGGCUUUUAUAAAUUGCCGAUGUGUUUCUGCACCGUAGCUCUCUGAGUGCCUGGUGGGGCCUUUCCUCCGGGAGCUGACUUUGUCUGGCCCGCUGCUGUCUCCCCAGAGGAGCCGUCACCGCCUGAUCUUGUGUCCUCGUUCCCUGGCUUUUCUUGGCCCCUUAAGUCAGAUCCCUCUCUGCGUCUUGUCACUUUGACGGCGUCAGGAACCCUCCGAAUGCCUGUGCCUGAUUAAAUUCUGCGGCCCGGCACAGCUCGCUGUUUUCUCCCGGCACAUCAGUGUGCCGGCGUGAUAAAGCGCCUUUCCUGCCCCUUCCCCGCCGGUAUAAAUUAUUUACGGUUCUGAACACCCGCUGACUUGACUAGAGCUUCUGGUCAACGACGCCAAUUCUGCAGAAGUUCUGCCCGAGACGGGGAAGCCGGAGACAAUGGAAACCAUGGAGACCAGGAAGGCGGGCGAGAUGCUGGAGAGCCGGUUAAGCUUGGAGGACCUGGUGAAGAUGCAGAGCCUCUUCUCGGCAGAUGACUCGGCUGAGACAUCGACCCUGAUGAGGGUGGAUUUUGUGGAGCAGGCCGCAUCUGCAAUUGGCCGCGGCUCCCCGGAGGAGUUUGGGCGGAUGUUCGACGGGGCAGACGUGUCACGCCAGGGCCGUGUGGGCUGGCCGCAGAUGGCUUCCUUUCUGCUGCUGACACUGUCCGAGAAGGACGAGCACACCCGUGCGGCCAGCGCCCCCUGCUGGAGGCCCCUGCGCGCCCUGCCGCUCGUGCACCGGGGGCCUGUCCAGCACGUGGCGCACCUGGCCACCUCCGACAGGUACCUCAGCGUGAGCCAGGAGGGCACGCUGGCCGUGUGGGGGGAUGAGCUCACACCGCUGAAGACUCAUCACGUGAGCACGGACUCUGUGAAGCGUGGGGACCUCUGGGUUUCAGGCAUGGCGGUGCUGCAGAACGUGCAGAAGGUCGCUGUGAGCUUCACCAGCAAGGAGAUUGGCAUCUUCGACCUGCUGUCCAAACAGGAAUUCAGCUGCCAAUACAAGCUGCAGGGACUGAAACACCCACCCAUCUGCCUGGAUUACUGGUCCAACCCACACAACCCUGAUCAGGCCGUCCUCAGCUUUGGGGACAUGGGGGGACAGGUGAACGCCAUCUGCUUCACAGCAGCCCACAUAUCCUUGUUUGAGAGGCCCAGCACAGGGGCGGGGCACAAGUCUGAUGUCAUCAAGUGGGCGGAGUUAGUGCAGGGACAUCAUCGGUGCUGCUAUACUCUUCAGCACCACGCUCACGGGAAUGACUGGGUCCGCCGAGUGAAGUUCCUGGGGAACCUGGAGGUCUUCGUGUCCUGCAGCCUUGGCAGGGAGAGCAGCGUGGUGGUGGCCUGGAGGGAGAAGGAGGCCACACCCCUGAGGGUGACCGCUGCUCACGUCGGGGGUGGAGUCAGUGACCUGGACUUCCAUGCCGGGCUCAGCCUCCUCGCCACGGCCGGUGUGGACGGGAAGGUGUGUCUCUGGAACCCUCACAUGAUGUCCAAACCCGUGGGCGUCCUGCAGGGCCACACGAACAGCGUGAUGACUGUGCACUUCCUCCCAGACAGGAAGCUGCUGCUCAGUUUCUCCAAAGACAAGGUGUUGCGGGUCUGGGACGUGCACCAUCAGCUGUGUGUCCAGCGCCUGACCGGGAUCUUCCCUAAGACCCAAGAGUUCCGCACGCUGCUGUUCUACCACAAGGAGCGCGGGCGACUCUUCCUCACCUUCAACAACCUGCUGACCCUGCUGGAGGCAAAGAAGGACGAGAGUCGUGUGUGGACCAGCCACGAGCAUGCGGUCACCUGCGUCGUCUACAACUCCUACUUGAAACAGGUGAUCAGCAGUGAUGCUGGAUCUACUGUAAUCUUCUGGCUCGUGGACACAGGCCACAAGGUCAAAAAGUUCACGCAGUGCCACGGAAACGCUGAGAUCUCCACCAUGGCACUGGAUGGCACCCAGACCCGUCUGUUCACCGGCGGCACGGACGGCAUGGUCAAGGUGUGGGAUUUGAACGGACACUGUCACCACAAGCUGGAAGUGACCGGGGGGCGAGCUGUUGGGAUUUCUCUCAUUCUAGUGCUGAAGAGGUCGGUCCUGGUGUUGGGCUGGGACAGGAUGUUCACGGUGUUCAGGCAGAGCAUGUUCUCCAAGUUCCAUGUGCAGCCGUCUGAGUGGAAAGGGGGGGUCCAGCACCAGGAUGAUGUCAUCUCCGCUGCCUUUUCGCCCCCCCAGACUCUGGUGACAGGGAGCUGUGAUGGGGCCAUUGUGGUGUGGAACAGCAGCACGGAACAUGCCCUCCGCAAGCUGGGCCCAGACAUCCCAUCUCAGCCUCAGAGCCGGUCAGAUGAGGAGCUGCUGAAGCAGCACAUGCCAUCGGUCCCUACGUGUGACACCUCCGUGGUCUAUGAAGUGCCACUGCUCUCUACUGCCCCUGGUGGAUGGGAGGACCUGGAGGGCAGUCAUGCAGUCACUAGGCUAUGUUUCCUAGAAGGGAGAAGGAGUGCUGCUACUGCAGGUGGGGCGGACCUGGUGUCGUGUGGCGGCGCGGCUGUGGUGCGGUUCUGGAAUGCGACUCGGGGCCUGCUGGUGGCCCGCUUCGUGGCCCACGCUAGCUCCAGCUCCAUCAUCAUGACGGUCGACCGGAGUGGAGGACACCUGAUAACAGGAGACAUGGACGGGGAGGUGAAGGUGUGGGACAUCCAGGACUACGGCCUGCAGCCAGGUCGGGGCACGCUCACCCACCCCCCCAAGCUGCGGUCCUGCUUCCGGCCGCACACGGGCUGCGUGACACAGCUGGAGACCUGCUGCCGUCAUGGGCGGCUGCUCCUGCUGUCGGCUUCUGCCGACCGGAGGCUCGUGCUCAGCCAGCUUGCCGGCACCAUCGUCGCCGCCUUCGGACAGGAGGAGCACUGGAACAUUCUAGAAAUCCCAGACCAGCUGCCGGAUAGGUGGAAUGAGGCCCUGAGUGGUGGAGAGAAGCUCCAAUCCACCCCCCCAGACCCUGAAGCCCCUUUGCGAGGGAGUCCUCAGAACCUCGAGAUGGACAGUGAGGUCCGGGAGUCAGGACACCCCAUGACGGAAAUGGCCCCCGGCCAGCUGACUACCGGGAUGAGCUCCAUCCUGGGGAGCAGCUACAAAGAAAGGAGGAGGCCCCUAGAAAGUGCGAGCCAGAGCUAUGAGGAGACUCCAAAGUGUGGUGGGACAUUCAGCAGUCUGCACUUAUACAAGCUGGCCCCCGUGGAGGCAUUCCGGAAGCCAGACAUUGUGACCAACCCCCAGCAAUCCUUUGGGACGAGAUGGGAACACUCGUUCCUGUCACCAGGCCCCCCUCCCGCCACGGUUGACAUGGCGAAGGACCGUCAUGAUGACAACGAGAUCCUGGACCUGGACGCGGGGAUGGGAACCUCCCCCAGAACAAGGAGGAAUGUCAGGCGCGGCCUUCAUAAGUCUGAGAUAUGUGACACUAAUACACCUGUCAGCAGGGGAAAACCAGAGCCCUCAUCGCUGCAGUGUUAGAGGUCCAUUGAAGAAAAGCACUCAACACAGUUGCGCAAAUGGAUCCAUCACCAGAACCUCCUCGAAGGGAGGAAAACAGAGUGAAAGCUUUCGUGUUUUUUUUUUUUUAUCCAUGCCAUCAUGUGUCCUUUCCUCUUUAGAUCGCUUUGAUUGACAGGUCAAACUGUGUAGUAACCCUUUCCAAAUACUGCAAACCGCCUGUAAGUGGCACCAAAUAAGAGACAUGAAACAGGAAAUCAAACAGCUUUUUAGUUGCAAGUCUAGUUUUAAUAAAUAUCUUGGAAGCUUAGUGUGUGUGUGUGUGUGUGUGUGUGUGUGUGUGCAAGGGUGGGUUUGUUGUUUCCUGGGACCUACCAAAAAAAACUCACUUUGCCGCCCUCGGAUGAUUAAAAACUAAAUAAAUAGGGAGCGAGUAGUCAUUGCUAACUAUCUGUACUAACUAUCAGGCUAACGGACAUGCCUCUUUAGAAUCUCCAAAAUAUCUCCAAAGUACUUGUUUAAUAUUUGAUUUUGUGGCACGUGCAUGCGUGUGUGUGUGUGUGUGUGUGUGUGUGUGUGAUCUAGGCACGGUUAGCAGUUAUGUGUUUGGAUUGGUGCUUCUGUGUCUGGAUUGACAAUCCCGUUCCUGACCGGACAACUCCGCACAGACGGCUGUCUAGGGCCCGUCUCUCCUGCAGAGAAUGCUGUCUGAGAGUCACUGCCGGCUGGAUGAGCAGCAGCCACACAGAACAGGAGCUGAUCUCUGUCCCGUUUCACUUUAAAACUAAAGCGUUUCGCUGACAGGCCAAGUGCGGCUGCGCUUGCUUCUCUUUCCGCCGGGGCAGAGGCAUCCCUUCAUCCGUCUACCACCAGUCUGAGGCGGUCGUUACCAGUUCCUGCUUCAGGAACAGUGUGAGGAUCAUUUAGCCGCAAGUGCACCUGCAGUCCCGAGGGUUUUUUUGUAUUUACCUGUCAGUUAACGGCUGAUUUACGCCCUAUCCCGGGACGAGGUCAUUUACUGUCCAGACGGUGAUGGAGGGUGCAAUCUUGCCCUCCUCCGGGAAAAAGCAGGAUGGCUGAUUCCAAGGCAGUAGAGCUGUUAUUUAAGGAGGAGAUUUAGAAAAAUGCACAUUUUUCUAAGACUCUGACACGGCCCACUUCCCAACUCCACGGAAAGUUUCCGGUCUGCCGUGCAGAAGAGGAGAAUCUGGAGUUUUUUCCGGCUGGAGUGAUGGGCUGAGGACAGCGGGCAGAGAGCGCCAUAAAUUUUAAUUAGGGAAGCCGUUUGCCGCAGACACCAUGAAUAACAUCAUCAGCAAGCCCCGAAUCUCCGCUCGGGGGCCGGUUGCCGGGGAGACGGAAUUAGCGAUGGACCCGGAUGUGUAGUGCCUGCGCUCUGCAGCUGUGGAGCUUUUAAGUGACUGCCGUGAGACGGACAGUGGUUCUCCCCGGUUUGGGAAGUAACGGUGCCCCCCAACAGAAUGAAGGUUUCCGACAGUGAGAGGAGCGGGACGGGAAGUCGGUGUUUUUACAUAAAUUUGCGGUAAUUAUGAUGGCCGUGUGCAGUUGCUCCAGACCACACCUGUUCUUAUUCUGGUUCAUAACAAAUAAAUUGGUGUUUUGUGCUCAUAGCAAGCUGGGCUGUUUCUGAAGUUCUAAAAGCGAGAGCAGCUGGAUAUUGUUUGGUCUGGUUUGUCGUUCAUUUCUUGGUACUGAAAGGGAAACGGGAAAGCAGACGAUUCUCUAGAAAUAUCUGAAAUUCUUAAUGAAGAUGAUGGAAAGCUGACUUUCAAGCCGUCCUUUAUAUAACGAAACGGCAAAUGAUAAUUAUUGUGUGCCUCCCCUCCUGGAGUCUCGAUAUUUCCAGGUUGUCUCGCUCUCUUCCCAUUCUAUUAUUAUUGUCUGUCUUGUUUGCUGUUCAUUUAAAUAUUGUGCUGAAAGGCAAAGGAAAUUAUGGUCUGAAAAUGUCUAAAAGUUCUAAUGAAACUGACUGACAGUUGACAUUCAGAACAUCCUUUAUAUAAUGAAAAGGUGGGAAAUCGUUAUUGCGUGUGGUCUGUCCCUCUACGCAAAGCCAGGGCAUUUCUAGACCUCGGAGCUGCUUUCAUUAUACCACAGUUCCUCUCUUUUUCCCUCUUUAUUAAAUAUUAUUUUUUGUUCCUGCUGCUCCUC